AUGGCCAAAGUAUUUUUAACAGGUGCAUCUGGCUAUAUCGGUGGCCAGGUUCUGCGUGAGCUUUCUCGCAGUCAGAUUAAAUUCUCUAUUAGUGCUUUGGUUAGAGACCCAACCAAAGCCUCAGUUAUUGAGAAGGCAUUCCCGAGUGUUCGUACUGUGAUCGGGGACCUUGACAACAGCGACUUGUUGACAAAAGAAGCAACUGAUGCAUCAAUUGUUUUGCACUUGGCUGCCACUGGCCAUCUCAGUAGUGUAAAAGCUAUCCAUCAAGGACUCUCCAACAAACAGUCCAACUCACCUGCAUAUUGGAUUCAAGUAUCAGGGGCUAGUGCUUUGGCUGCAGGAGAACUUGCCUCUUCAUCCUUCGUCCCAGGAUCCGCCUCGCAAACCAUCUUCGACGACUACGCUGGCGUAGCUGACAUCCAAUCCGUCAUUCGAAAACAUCCAGCUCGAGCCGUAGACAAUUAUAUUUUGGAUACUGUAUCGAACACAGCCGAUAUCAAGACAGCAUUAGUGUUCCCUCCAAUUAUCUACGGACUUGCAGAAGGCCCUCUCAAUCAGCGCAGCAUUCAAAUACCGUCACUAGCGUCUGCAACCAUCAAGCGCGGACACGGAGUCAAAAUCGGCUCGGGGGAGAGUCGUUGGGGCAAUGUUCAUGUAAAAGAUGUUGGAAGGAUUUUUGCUGGACUUGCCGAGGCGGCUGCCCUUGGUCGUAAUGACGGGGGUCUUUGGGGCCAGAAUGCUCUCUACCUCACUGGAGUUGGCGAAUUGGCUUUUGCCGACAUCUCUGCCAAGGUUGCCGCUGUAGCCAAACAGCAGGGACUAACAUCUACGGAUGAGGUCGAGGAACUGCGAAAAGACGAGUAUGAUACCGCCCUUCCCCAUGGCAAGGUUCUAUUUGGUACAAAUGCAAGGGGACAGGCGACGAGAGCGAGGAAGUUGCUAGGCUGGGAACCGAGAGAAGUUUCGUUGGAAGACGAUAUUGCGCGAACUGUUUCCGAUGAGCACAACCGUGCCACUCCUGCUUCCGCAAAAUUGUAG